AAGAGGGCAGUACACUAAAGUCUAAAGCUGAUAAGCUAGCACUCAAGUUUUGUGCCACCUUCAUCUACAAAGAAUCGUGUGCAAAGAAUUAGAGCAUCUUCUAAAUUCCUAUUCCCACCAAGUUCUUUAUAGUUCUUCAAGCUGAAGCCAUGGGUCUUAAAGUAGGCUUAAUUUCGGCCAAAAGACUUCAUCUACAGAAGCUCAAGUCGAAGGUGAUUCACUGAUUCUUUCCUUCACGUAGUCAAAGUUCCUUGGCGCAUUUCUACUCUUGUAUAAGACAUCCAUCCUCUUAGCAACUCCUUCCAAGUCACCACUUAGUCAUAUCUUCAGGGAAGCUAAUGUGGUCGCAGAUCAUUUUGCUAGCUCAGGACAAUGAUACUCUCAAAGUUGUAUUUGGUUUAACAAUGUUCCUACUGAUUCUCCAAAACUUUUCCACCAGAAUCUUUUGCAAGAUAAACCCCCGAUCGAACGAGAAAAUUACCACCGUGGCACCACUCCGCCUGCCGGAAAUGAAAGAAUCGGUGGACGCCGUGGAGCGGAUCCUAGACUAUGACUUCAAGAACAAGAGGCUUCUAGAGGAAGCUCUCAUCCACCCCUCCUUCAGAAUAAGCGACGCCGUUUCGUAUCAGCGGCUCGCGUUCCUCGGCGACACCGUUCUUGACCUCGCUGUAAGUAAAGACCUCUUCCUUGCUUACCCUGUAAUUGACCAAGGCGACCUCACUCGGCUACGCUCCGCUAACGUCAGCAACGAGAAGUUCGCACGUGUGGCUGUGAGACAUGGGCUUUAUAACUACCUUCGAAGCACUGCAACUCAUGCUCUCGAUAAUCAGGUUAGGGAGUUUACUGAAGCUAUAAGACGAGAAGAGGAGAAGACGCCUGUAUUUGGACGGUCUGUAGAAGCCCCUAAAGUUCUUGCAGAUAUUGUGGAGUCUGUGGCUGGUGCUAUUUAUUUUGACUUGAAUUUUGAUCUGGAACUACUUUGGAUGAAAUUUAAGCAUGUUUUGGAGCCUAUAGUUACUCUUGAAGAGUUGCAGCAACAACCUCAUCCUGUGACAGAGUUGCAGCAACAAGCUCGUCCUGUGACAGAGUUGCAGCAACAACCUUAUCCUGUUCAACAACCUCAUCCUGUGACAGAGUUGCAUCAACUUUGCCAGAAGCAGGGGAAGAAUGUCAGUAUCGAGUACGGGAGACGUAAGAUGAAGAGUAAUAUUGAUGGGAAGUGUGUUGCCUUGGGUUCGGCUGAACAGAAAGGAAGUGUUAAGGUCAAUGCUGCUGAGAUGGCUCUGAGGAAGUUGAUUUAUGAUGCGCUGGUUGAAGUUAUUGCUGAAAUCGAUCAGCCAUUUUCUGUUAAAAAAGCAAAAGAUGAGUUGCAUAAGAUUUGUGCCGAGAAGAGGUGGCCUCAACCAAUUUACACGUAUGAAUCUUUACUUAAUUGAAGAAAUUUGAGUUUACGAUAUGCUUAUUUCUUUCUUUUGUUGAGUCUCCCAAGGUCUAUUACAUUUACUUUGCCAGCCCCAUAUAACCCCUAUAUACGUACGUAUAUCCUAGUGGCGAAGAUACAUAUUGUAGCUGAUGCACAGAAUAACCAUACUGAAAACAUAAUAAAACAGAAUUAAUUAAGGGUUUGGCAAUUGGUUUUGCACUCUUUAUAAAUCGUAAGUUGGUAGUUAAUGGCUGAGUUUUGGUUCAAGCUGCAAGAGUGCAAGAUGCAAAGAGCUUCAGCCCUGUCCUGUUAAUUGAAAGGGCUCGAGAGAUUGCAAAAUGCCCCAUUUUUUUUGUGCAAGCUUUUUCUUUAACAGCUGAAUAUGAGAUUUAGUACUCAUAAGUUCACUCAUAAGUUUUCUAAAAAUGAUACUUGAUAUUACCAUGUGCCUGAAACGCAGUAGUUUUCUAAAAAUGAUACUUUAUAAAUCCUUACUCCUUUAGGUUAUUUUGAAUUAAGUUUCAAAGUCCGAAGCCUAUAUAAGGCUCUCAAGUUGUUUUAGUUUGGCAUUAGAAAAUUGAGAGAGAAAUACUAUCUCAAAGAGCAAGAAAUCCAAAGAAGUUGUGUACUUUAUCCUUCU